GCGCGACCGAGCCCCGGGGGGCGGUGCUGCUUCAUCCGGGUACCCGGCGGCGGGUGGCUGUUUUGUUUUCUUGGCUGCAAACUAGGGGAAAGUGAGGCGGCCGCGCGCGGCGUGACACCUGGCUCGGGACUCACUGCACUGGCGGGGCUGGCCUGACUUGAAAAAAAUGUCUGGAUUUCUAGAAGGCUUGAGAUGCUCAGAAUGCAUUGACUGGGGGGAAAAGCGCAAUACUAUUGCUUCCAUUGCUGCUGGUGUUCUAUUUUUUACAGGCUGGUGGAUUAUCAUAGAUGCAGCUGUCAUUUACCCCACCAUGGAAGAAUUCAACCACUCGUACCACGCCUGUGGUGUCAUAGCAACCAUAGCCUUCCUCAUGAUUAAUGCAGUAUCAAAUGGACAAGUCCGAGGUGAUAGUUACAGUGAAGGUUGCCUGGGUCAAACAGGUGCUCGCAUCUGGCUGUUCAUUGGUUUCAUGCUGGCCUUUGGAUCUCUGAUUGCAUCUAUGUGGAUUCUCUUUGGAGGUUAUGUUGCUAAAGAAAAAGCCAUUGUAUAUCCUGGAAUUGCUGUAUUUUUCCAAAAUGCCUUCAUCUUUUUUGGUGAUAAAGGAUGAAACAGGUUCCACGCUGAGAUGCUGCUGGUGGCAGAGAAGUCACUCUGUCACAGCACGGAGGAACAGAGGAUUGAGGGGGAAGAUUUUCGGGAAAUGUGUAUCUCUUCCAAUGAGAGAAGAAACACUAAGUUCAUACGGCAGUUUUCAUAUGUCACAAAACCUCGGAAACCAGUCAUCGACUCGUCCCAAAUUACGAUAAAUUCCUUUUAUAUGCAACAAGUUUGGUUAGUUUCUCAUUUGGUCCUGUUGUCCCUAUGAAGUCUGAAAAGGAAUUCGGGUUUUUGAAAAUACUGUAAGCAAAGUGAAAUCAAAUUCAGCAAAUAGGCACUGCUACUAGGAUAGUUGUAGCUGAUUGCCUACCAUUCUGAUUCGUAACAGAACAAUACUCAGCAACAGCUGAGAAGUUACGGUUUCAGAAAUCAGACACAGAUGUCAGUACCAAAGGUGACCAUCUGACAGUGUAGGAGGGACUGGCUUUUGCCCAAGAAACUCUUCAGAUUACAAUUUACAUCUGUUGGGUAGUAUUCUGAAGUGUGUCGCACUCAGGCUCUCUGGAGGGUGGAGGCCUCCCUCAUCCUAACCAGAAGAUAGAGACCAGAUCGCUUUUUGGAGCAUUUAGGAAAUCCUUUAUAAAGAGAAAUUAACAUACUUGCGAGAGUGUAUAGACCGUUUCCUGGUUGCAUUUUUGUUUUCAUCAAAAGACGCUUGAGUGUUUAUUUUUCUAAGGGUAAACUGAUCAUUAGGAUUGUAGGCUUAACCUUAAGUAUACACUGGUAACUGGGAAGCAGAUGAGAAAACAAAAUGAAAACCUCCAUAUGCCACUGGCGUCUGCUUCCUUCUUCAGUUUCGCCCUCACGCUGGCCCCCCACAUCCAAGGCCCAGUGAACCUGCCUCUGAAUUGUCUUAAACUUGUUCCCUUGUUGUCCGUUUCUCCUGUUCGGUCACCACCAUCCCGUCCUGAGCAGUUCACAUCCCUGAUUGGCUCCUCCCUUGAAUCCAGUUUUCCUGUGUCACUUUUCCUUCUAAAAACAUGGCUCCAAUCCUGUCAUUUCCCUUGUUAAAAUUUUUCAAAACUUGGAGCUGUCUCCAGAAGAACUCCACACUAGCGGCCAUCCCGCAAGAUUCUGUCCACAGUUGUGUCUUGUUUAUCCUGUACGGUAUUUUCUGUUUUAUUGAGCCGACGGUUCAGAAUCAAGAGAUUUUUACAUCAAAAUCUGAAUUUUUGGCUUUUCUUCAAAAACUGGAAGAUCUGACGAUCCUGAGCCUCGCAUGGCAACCAUCAGCUGGAGGCGAAUAGUUGUUCCUUUCAAGUAGGGGACGCAGCUCAGCAUAACCCCAUUUCAGAAAUCGGCCGAGAGGGGGGUCAGUUGCCCCCUGGAGUAGAGCGCACAGGCUGGCGCUGCCCUCUUGACUCACUUAAGAGUCGGAAAGCCCCUGUGGGCAGUUUGCCACCCUGGUCAAUUGGCUUACCAAAUCCUGGCCACCUCCAUUCCCUCUCUUUCUUACCCCUUAAGCUCUAAUCUAGCUGUACUGGACUCUUCCUGUUCUGCACCUCGGACACCUUUAUGUGUAUCUACAGAUCUAGACCUAGACAGGUAUCUUCUUAUGUGUGUAAUUGCCCUCUUGCCCCUCUGAAGUAGAAACCUUGAAGAGAGCUGUAGAUCGCUCCCCCCCCAAACCCUGGAUUGUACGUUCUGUGUGUGCGUGUUCCUGACGCCACGGUCUCCUGGGCUUUUCCUCCUGGUCUCUUCCCGAGGCCCCGUGGGCUUUUCUUCCUCUUUGCCUUUUGAUCUACUGUUUCCUCUCCUGAAACCUCCUCCUUCAUCAAACUAGCUUGUCCCUGCAAAUCUCCCAUUCAGACUCCUGCUUGCCCCUCAAAGCCCAUCUCAAAUAUUACUGCCCCUGUGACUCCUUUUCUAACACAUUCAGGCUGAAUAAAUUCUAUAGGCUUCUGUGCUCCCUCGACACGUGGUAUAAAUACCUCCUCCCCCUUCCUCACCUCUCUCGCCAUUACCACGCUGUGUCAUCAAGAACGUGAACAACUUGGGGGCAGGGACCCUGCAUCUUGCUCAUCUUUGUAGCCCUAGUGUCUAACACAUCUACACCCAAGAAAGGUUUGUGGAUUGAAUAUGAUAGUAUGGUUACCUACUAAACUCUGGUUAACUUUUUAAGGGUGACCUACGUCUUCAGCCCCUGGAAGCUAAGGCAGUGGUGGAGUUGGUGGGUAACCGCACAUGAUCAGUGUCUAUUCUGAUACGUUCCAUGGCUUUUUUCAUACGACUCGGCAGUUCUUUGUUGCCAAUUUCCCACCAUUUUCCAAAUCUCACAUACUCAUUUUCGCCCCAAACUCAACUAGGUGUGAUGUUUCUGAUUUCAU